AUGCUGUGUAAAGCUGUCUUAUUCUAUCAUCCAGGACCCACCAUUCGUGGAGACGUCGCACUCAGUCGGUCGUGUCACAGAGUGAUCCCAUGGCCCAAGCACCACGAUGGGAAGAUAUACAUCCCCUACGAGGUAUCUUCUGGCUUCUACGCUCAUGACAAAGAAGCCAUCACAAAGGCAGUGCAGGAGUUUGAGAAGAAAACCCACAUACGGUUCCACCCUCGUGGCAACGAAAGGGACUUUGUUCACAUCCAAGCCUUGGAUGGGAAUUGGUCAUUCCUCGGCCGUCAGGGCGGGGACCAGGCACUGUCCCUGGAGCCCGGCAAGGUGACCAAGGGCACGGUGCUACACGAGUUGAUGCACGCGCUCGGCUUCCAUCACGAGCACUGCCGCAGCGACCGCGAUCAACAUGUCUGGGUGCUGAGUGACAAUGUUAAAGAAGGUGCGACGACGUUUGCUCUACUUUAA